AUGCAUAUGGCAUUAAGUUGCUACAUUGAGGAAGUUCCCAGAGCGCAACUAUGGGCAGCAUACUUCCAAAUAGGACUAACUGUAUAUGAUGGCGUACAUUAUUUAGGGUAUCUUACUAAUGUACUUUCUCUGGCCAUCUUUUUAGCAGGAGCGACCAGGACAAGCAGUGGUAUUUACCUUAUCGAAGCUACCUCGAAAUCCUCCAAGGCUGCUUCACUUUCAUUCGUGCCAUUGGCUGACCAGGACGCCAAACUGCAAGAAAGUCGCUAUGUCGCAGCAAGUGGGAUUCAGAUUCCAGGGCGAUGUGUUUGCUGGCGGCAGCCUCGUGCUAUCCACCACGGCCAGGCUCCUCAAGGCGCUGUCGGAUGGCAAUGUGGAUGUCCUCGCAGUGACAGCGGCCUGCACCUAGGAAAGGAUAUUCCCAUCACGCAGUUCCAGGAAUCGAUUGUUGCUCGCGCAAUCCAAAAACGCAGUGUGAGCCGCUCUGGCAUUCUGGCGAAAGCCUUGUCUGUGGGAUGGGGUUACUCCGACAUGGCAUACGAAUUCUCUCGGACCCGAGCUGGAUGCGCAACGCUGCUACUCGUCGAUGCCCUCGCCGCGGGCAGGUCGACCUUCUAUGCCGCUCAGGCCCUACAGGAGCUUCUUUCCUUGAACAGAUGUGCUCCAGAGGUGCUGCCCAGCGUGGACGCGCUCCACUCGACCGUCAAAUACCUCGUGCCCAUCAUGGAAGACAGUGGCUUCCGCGCCAUCCUGGAAAACACUCGCUUGUCCAUUGAGGUGGAACUGCGAAAAAGCUUUCAGCGCGAGGAGGAUGCCGAUUCGCGAUCAGCUGUCAUGCGGGAUGCCUCGCAUGCAUAG